CAUUUACAGCCGGUGAGAAUGGCGGACAUGGACGAGCUGUUCGGUAGUGACGGCGAUAGUGACAAUGAGCAACGAGAUUCCGGCUCUGGUUCCGGCUCUGAUUCGGAGCAUGAGAGACCCAGAUCUCCCAGCAACGCCUCUGCCAGCGAGAGUGACCGAGAUCAUGACGAAGAUGAGGAUGAAGAUGGUGGAAAGCCGAGCAAUAAAGAGCUGUUUGGAGACGACAGUGAAGACGAGCGCGGAAGCCAGCACAGCGGCAGCCAAUCAGAACGAUCCGGCAACCAAUCAGACGCGAGUAUGCACUCGGACAACGAACACAGCGGGUCAGAGGUCCCUCACGAGGAGGACGAUGAUGAUGAUGAGAGGGGCCACAGAUCAGAUGUGGGGAGUCCAGCCUCAGGAGCAGGAAGCCACAGGUCUGACAGAGGAAGUGGAAGUCCAGGGUCAGAGGCGGGCAGCCCACGCUCAGAAGCAGGAAGUGGGCAUUCAGAUCCCGGCACACCUCAUUCAGACGGAGAGGGGUCAGGCAAAGACGUCCAUUCUGGAGAUGAGAAGUGGGGUGGAAAAAGUGACCAAUCAGAGGAUGAGGACAAACAGCAGAACUCAGAUGAUGAGAGGGAUCAUUCUGGCGAUGAAGGGGAGAGACAAAAAUCAGAGUCGAUGAAGGGCAGUGACAGCGAGGAGGAAUUCACUCGGAAGAAAAAGAAAAAAAUCGCUUCAUACUCCGACUCAGAUUCUGACCCUGAUUCACAGAGUAAGAAGCCAGCAGCAAAUGAUCUGUUUGGGGAAGCAGAUGAUAUUUCAUCAGACAGCGAUGCAGAGAAACCUCUCACACCUGGGCAACCGAUGGUCAGAUAUUUGCACACACAGCCUCAGAAUUUUCACUUUCUUGCAUUUAGAAUAAUUCUAAAAUGUUUAAAGUGGUUUUAUAUGAUUAUGCGUGUGUCUUGCAGACCUCACUCCACAGACAGCGCCACACACAGGAAGAUGACCCUCUCUCUCGCUGACCGCUGCUCAAAGACACAGAAGAUCCGCAUUCUGCCCAUGGCCGGCAGAGACCCAGAAUCCCAGAGAAAUGAGAUGAUAAAGAAGGAAGAGGAGAGGUUACGUGCGUCUAUCCGCCGUGAAUCCCAGCAGAGGCGCAUGAGAGAGAAACAGCAUCAGCGAGGUCUGAAUGCCGGGUAUCUGGAGCCAGACCGCUAUGACGAGGAUGAGGAGGGUGAAGAAUCCAUCAGCCUGGCUGCCAUCAAGAGCAAAUAUAAGGGUGGAGGUCUGAGGGAGGAACGAGCCAGGAUCUAUUCUUCAGACAGCGAUGAAGGGUCUGAUGAAGACAAGGCCCAGCGGCUGAUGAAGGCCAAGAGACUGGACAGUGAUGAGGAGGGAGAGAACUCUGGAAAGCGGAAGGCAGAGGAAGAUGAGGAUUCUGCUGCCAAGAAACCCAAAAAAUAUGUCAUCAGUGAUGAUGAGGAGGAGGAGGAAGGGGAAAACGAGUGAUGUUUUUGUGUUUGUUUUUUAUCGUAUUGUGAUUGGAUAAUCACAGUAAAGUAGGUGUCUAAUCCAGAAAAUCAAACCUGCAGUUAUGUUUGUAUAUUUUAUAAAGUCGGAAAUUGCUCAUCAUUGCAACAUAUCAAUAAAGAGCAAUAACCUUGA